AUGGCGGAGCCGGAGGCCUCGCAACCUGGACGGCCACCACCGGGCCAGGGAACGGCAACCGGGAACGUUGGAAGUGGAAGCGGAACGGUAACGGGAGGAACGGGAUCGAGCGAUCCGGCGAGGCCAGGGUUAAGCCAACAGCAGCGGGCGAGUCAGCGCAAAGCUCAAGUGAGGGGGUUCCCCCGUGGGAAGAAGCUGGAGAAGCUGGGGGUCUUCUCGGCCUGCAAGGCCAAUGAUGCCUGCAAAUGCAAUGGCUGGAAGAACCCCAAUCCCCCCACUGCCCCCCGCAUGGACCUGCAGCAGCCAGUGACCAACCUGAGUGAGCCCUGCAGGAGCUGCAGCCAUGCACUGGCAGACCAUGUGUCCCACCUGGAGAACGUCUCAGAGGAGGAGAUCAACAGGCUGCUGGGCAUGGUGGUGGAUGUGGAGAACCUCUUCAUGUCAGUGCACAAGGAGGAGGACACAGACACCAAGCAGGUGUAUUUCUACCUGUUCAAGCUCCUGCGGAAGUGCAUCCUGCAGAUGAGCCAGCCUGUGGUUGAAGGGUCCCUGGGCAGCCCCCCCUUUGAGAAACCAAACAUUGAGCAGGGAGUCCUGAACUUUGUCCAGUACAAGUUCAGCCACUUGCCACCCAAGGAGAGACAGACCAUGUAUGAGCUCUCCAAGAUGUUCCUGCUCUGCCUCAACUACUGGAAGCUGGAGACACCGUCCCAGUUCCGUCAGCGCUCCCAGAACGACGACGUGGCCACGUACAAGGUCAACUACACGAGGUGGUUGUGCUACUGCCACGUGCCUCAGAGCUGCGACAGCCUUCCUCGCUACGAGACCACCCACGUCUUCGGGCGCAGCCUCCUCAAGUCCAUCUUCACCGUCACCCGCCGGCAGCUGCUGGAGAAGUUCCGGGUGGAGAAGGACAAGCUGGUGCCAGAGAAGAGGACGUUGAUCCUCACCCACUUCCCCAAGUUCCUGUCCAUGCUGGAGGAGGAGAUCUAUGGUGAGAACUCACCCAUCUGGGAGGCUGACUUCACCGUGCCGGCUGCAGAGGGUGCCCAGCUGGUGUCUCGCCCAGCCACUGCCAGCACUGUCACCGUGCCCACCACUCCACUCUUCAGCAAGAAGCUCAGCAACAGCAGCUCUGCCACGAGCAUGGAUACCAGCACCCCCGAGCCCCUGCCAGGGGAGAAGCGGAAGCUGCCUGAGAGCCUGACGCUCGAAGACGCCAAACGCAUCCGUGUGAUGGGAGACAUCCCCAUGGAGCUGGUCAACGAGGUCAUGCUGACCAUCACCGACCCUGCCGCCAUGCUGGGCCCCGAGACCAGCCUGCUGUCGGCCAACGCGGCGCGGGACGAGACGGCGCGGCUGGAGGAGCGGCGCGGCAUCAUCGAGUUCCACGUCAUCGGCAACUCGCUCUCGCAGAAGUCCAACAAGAAGAUCCUGAUGUGGCUCGUGGGCCUGCAGAAUGUCUUCUCCCACCAGCUGCCUCGCAUGCCCAAGGAGUACAUCACCCGCCUCGUCUUUGACCCGAAGCACAAGACCCUGGCGCUGAUCAAGGACGGCCGAGUGAUCGGGGGGAUCUGCUUCCGCAUGUUCCCCACUCAGGGCUUCACCGAGAUCGUCUUCUGCGCCGUCACAUCCAACGAGCAAGUGAAGGGCUAUGGGACACACCUGAUGAACCACCUGAAGGAAUACCACAUCAAGCACAACAUCCUCUACUUCCUCACCUACGCUGACGAGUACGCCAUCGGCUACUUCAAGAAGCAGGGCUUUUCCAAGGACAUCAAGGUGCCCAAGAGCCGCUACCUGGGCUACAUCAAGGACUACGAGGGGGCGACGCUGAUGGAGUGUGAGCUGAACCCCCGCAUCCCCUACACUGAGCUCUCCCACAUCAUCAAGAAGCAGAAGGAGAUCAUCAAGAAGCUGAUUGAGAGGAAGCAGGCACAGAUCCGCAAGGUCUACCCAGGCCUGACCUGCUUCAAGGAGGGCGUGCGGCAGAUCCCCAUCGAGAGCGUCCCCGGCAUCCGAGAAACAGGAUGGAAACCAGUGGGGAAGGAGAAGGGAAAAGAACUGAAGGAUCCAGACCAACUCUACAACACCCUGAAGAACCUCCUGGCCCAGAUCAAGACCCACCCCAGUGCAUGGCCCUUCAUGGAGCCUGUCAAGAAGUCAGAGGCACCGGACUAUUAUGAAAUCAUCCGCUUCCCCAUCGACCUGAAGACCAUGACCGAGCGCCUGAAGAACCGCUACUACGUCACCAAGAAGCUGUUCAUCGCUGACCUGCAGCGCAUCAUCACCAACUGCCGCGAGUACAACCCCCCCGACAGCGACUACUGCAAGUGUGCCAACACCCUGGAGAAGUUCUUCUACUUCAAGCUCAAGGAAGGGGGGCUGAUCGACAAGUAGGGGAGGUGGCCUCGGGUCCACCUUGGCUACUGGCACCCCCUUGGCCCCUGGACACCACCCCCCUGGGAGGAACAGGGCUGCAGUGGGACACAGCCCUGGUCCAUAGGCAGGGGCUGCUGGGGCCUUUGUUGCUGCUGAGCAGCUUGGGGAUCUGGGCCUUCUCUCUGAGGGGGCAGGGGGUGCCUGGUGCUUUUAUCUUGGAGCUACUGGCCGCUUCUCUGGAGGUGGGGAGGUGUUAGCAGUGGGCCUGGAGUUCCCUCAUCUAGGGCAGCACUGAGUUCCUGCCUCCUGAGUUCCUGCCAGGAGUCCCUUGGCACCAGCAGCACCCCCCCUGGCACCAGCACCUCCCUUCUCCCCAGGGUCGUGCCUUUGGCCCCACCUCUCAGUGACAGGGCAGGGGCACACAAGUGCAUUGCUUUUCUGUUUCCGUCCAUGCACAGGCACUCCCUUCCCUGCCCUUCUUGUUGAAUGUAGGGUAGGGCUCAGCCCUGCCCACCCUGGGCUGCAGGCAGCGAUGCUGCUUGUAGUCCAGGGUCCUGCUGUGAAGGGGUACUCUGCCCCUGCACCCCCCCCUCCCAGCUCUUCUCUCACCUAGCUGCAGUCUGUACAGUCCUUCCUGCCUCUGCAGCCUCCCCUGUGUGCUUGCAGGGUUGGAGCUGCUUAGUCAGGGAGGAUCCCUGGUGCUCCUCUCUCCUCUGCUCCCCACAGCUUCUACCUGUGGGGCCAGCUCCUGUUCGCCUCCCCCCUUUGCUUCCCCCUCCUUGGGCACUGAGCUGGUGAGUGCUCAUCCCUCACCCUCGCUUGGUUCCCUCUGCCUUGCUCCCUGUGCUGCUCUCACCGUGGGUGCUUGUGGAUGCUCACUGACCUCACCGAGGUGGGACCAGCCCUCCCCUGCCAUUUCCCCUUCCCCCCCGGCCCCUCUCCCAUUCCACUUGAGCCUUUUGU